GUGUUGCUAGGCUGGUUGCUGCAGAGGAUUCCUCGCGGGGCGAGUCAGGGACUCUACGCCGGCAAGACCAUAAUGCACGGCCACACAAUCAGUGACACCUUCUCCAACAAAAAGACUAAGCGCAUGUGACACCCGAACGUUCAUAAAAAGACGUAUAUACUUCAGUGACAUUCUUGGAGUAUUACUAUUAUACAUCUGAAACAAACUCCGCAUGACAACAGCUGCAAUGAGAUGGAUCGACAAAGCUGGAGGGUUUGAUAGCUACAUUAUUAUCACACCUCUGACAAGAAACUAGGGUCAGAAGGUCGGGGUAGACAUGAAGGCAAGCCAAGAAUCACCCCUACAACGUGACCUGCCCCCUCACGUGAGAUGCAUCCAGAGACGGCGUCGUCAAGAGCAACAGCAACGGCCAGAUGAAAACCCCAGUGAAUCUUUCACAUCAUCAUAGCAUAGGAAUCAGUACUAUUCCUGUGUCCUUCCCUCUGAUUCCUGCACAGUGCGCGUGUGACACAUUUCCACCAUUUUUCGAAGACGGCUACUGUGAUUCCUACGAUAUCAAUUGCAAGAGCUAUGGAGUACGGUGUGAAGGUGACACAAUUGACGGCUUUAAAGUGGAUGGACUGGAUUUGGACCCAUGCAUGCCAUGUGACAGUCCUCCAUCCGUCACCUUACAGAUAGUGUUGAAGGGGACACCUUUCACUGUGGUUCUGAGGGGAAACACAACAACAGAGCUGUUGGGCUCCGCCACACUGACUGCAACUGUCUGGUACUAUGACUACUCCAUGAACCUGCAGGUGGAUUUCACAAGUGACAGUAUCAACCGGGAGAUCAUACUGGACCUACCCUCCUGUGAACCCUCAUCUGCUCCAACCACCACUGUCACUCUUUCACCUCCCCCAGCCACUACCUGUGAGGCCAUGGAGUCCAUCAGGACAGAAGUAGCUCAGAACUACUUGGUCAGGUGCUAUUUCCCCCAGGAAGACUGCUGGACCCUCACCUGUGAAGAUAUGAACCUCACCUUAAGCCUUCUCCCC